AUGAAUUCUAUCAAAUUCGCCAAAGGCACCACCCGCCCUCACAGCAUACAUGAAAUUUCUACAACAACCAUUCGUCCAAAUGAUCAACAAGACAUUCAAGUUACACCUCCAUCUCCUACCUUGUCUUCUUGUACGGUAGCUGCUAACCAGCCGUACGAGUUGAAGACAUAUCCUCAAGCAUGGCUUGCACUCUUCUUGCUAGUCUGUCUCAGAGCAGCUUCAGCUGUCUUCCAGUAUACAUUUGCACCCAUUCCCUCCGUAACAGCAGAGUACUUUGGUGUCUCCAUCUCUUUCAUUAACUGGCUUUCCAACGUUCAGGGAAUAGUCUACGUUGUCCUUAGCUUUUUCACUGGAUGGAUAUUUGAAAGGCUCGGGGUCAAGAAAUCGCUUAUUCUCUCCGGAUUUAUAUUGGCUGUAGGAUGUUGGAUUCGUUGGGUAGCAGUCCUGGUCCACCCGCCAUCGUUUGCUAUUACUAUGAUCGGCCAAAUUGUGGCGGCGGCGGCUGCACCCCUCGCCUUGAACAUCAUGAGCAUGUUCCAAAGCCUUUGGUUCACUGAUAAUCUACGUGCUACUGCUGGAAUGUUUGUGGCCUCUAAUUAUGGUGCUAUCCUUGGCAUGUUUAUGAUGCCUGCCAUUGCUACCGGCAUGGAUAAGAUCCCACUCACACUCAUCGUUGUUGCCAUCUUCGCUAGCGUUGCAUUCGUUCCAUUGAUCUUCAUGCCAGCAAAGCCUAAAACGCCGCCAAGCUAUGCUCAAACCACUGAUCGACCACCAUUCUUUGAAGGUUUGAAGAUGCUUUCCAAAAAUGGCCACUUUUGGAUCUUGUUUGUCAUUCAUGGCAUCAACGUUGGUUUGAGUAUGGCUCUUGCCACCAUCUUCAAUCAAGUCAUCACACCUUAUGGAUACACCAACGCUCAAUCCGGCCAACUCAGCGCUGUUUCCUUCUUUGCCGGCACUCUCGGUUGUUCUGUGGCUGGUCCCGUCCUUGAUAUGACCAAGCAGCAUAAGCUGUUCCUUCGUCUAAUGGCACCACUUACCCUUGCCACUUACGUCGGUUUUAUUUUCAUUGUCCAAAAAGAUUCGUUCGCUGCUAUCAUGUUCACCUGUAUUAUGAAUCAAUUCUUCCUUUCCUUCUUGGUCCCAGUCGUAGUUGAGCUCGGUGUUGAAGUAUCCUAUCCUGUUGCAGAGUCCACUUCUAACUCUUUACUCUGGCAAGGAUGUCAGCUGUUCGGCUUCAUUUUUGUAUUGAUUAUGGACCAACUUCGGGACCAGAACGGUUCCCCCAAAGACAAUAUGCAAAAGGCACUUAUCUUCCAAGCUGCACUCAUGGGAGUCUGCACUGUCCUUGCCUUUGUGUACAACGGACGUAUGAACAGAACCGAAGCUAUGGCCGAAGAACUGAAAGAGAGAGAACAAGAAGAGAAGGAUCUCACCGAGCUCGAACCGCCACGCUUGAUCAGAGAACGUCAUGCAUCAGUCUGUUCUACGCAAUCAGAUGCCACUCGUGUUGGUGAUAAAGACCUUGAGAAACAAAAAGGAAAAGCCAUUUGA